UCUCUCCCCGGCGACGCUCGCACCAGACACUGCUGUAUCCCUCUCGUUUUUUCCAGCCACGGAAAUCGGUGAACCGCGCGUUUAUCUGUACAUUUACCGCGGAUGUACGUGAACCCGGAAACAACUCACAAUUUAGACUAAACAAAAAACCUCGCUAAGUGAAUCUAUUGGGUCUGCUGCUGUGCUUUCGGACCGAGCAGAUCCUUCCUCUGUGCGAUCAUUUCCUCCUAUUUGUAGAGGAAGGGUGUUAGUUUUCGAAGUGAAAUCUCAGAAGUUGGUUUACUUUCGGAACUCGUAACGUGUUGCUCUAGUUUAUCAUGUACUUAAUGUAGAGUUACUGAUAUCUAAAAGUGCCGCGAUCAAGCCCAUCACUGUGUAAUGUCACAGUUGUCAAAUUGGAGCCCAGAUGGGGAACAAAACAAAACAAAACCGUAGGCUAUAGCUCGCACUUCUACAGAUCCAUCCAGCACGCACAUUUAUGCCAAAUAACGCAUAGGGGCAAAUCCAUCUCUCACGGAUGUCUCUUUCCAUCUCAACGGCAUAAUAUAGCCACUGAUUUAGUUUUUUUGUUUUGUUUUUCUAUGUCAAACUGUAGGCUAGGCUACUCACUGAAAGACCUUUUUCAAAACCCAGCUCUGACCGAAGCGGAAGAGGACAGUUUUUUUCUGUCUGAGAUACGGGACACUGGAUUUACCCGCUGGUGGAGACAGUGAUUGUGUGUUAGUGAGGUGAGCUGAGCAAAGGAAAUGAGCGCUCAUUGAGACCUUCUCCUGCCGUCUGACUACCCUCAGCAUCCGGGUAAGGACUGUGCCUCUCUACCACACAGUUUUGUGCAACAGAAGAAGUGGUCAACGGAUCAUGUCUCCACUGUUACGUGGAAACUAAUGCACUACCGGGUCCAGAAACCCGUCCUCUGACCCCACACACUACUUCUACAUUACCCACGAUUCCUGUCUGCAAAAAAAGUAAGGCCUUAGGUGUUGAAGCCCUUAGAUGACUUGGACUUCCUGGUUUUACUAUUGAACUAUUUCAGCACCACUAACCAGUUCUCAGUUUACAACAGUGAUCUUCGAGGGACUGUAGAGGCACUGAGAGACAGUCAUAGAGUAAAGAGAGAAAAACAAAGAACAACGAAAACAAAAUGGCCAACAACACGGCGGACCACCCUCCGGGGAACUCUGUUGCCGAUGGCAACCAAGAAGGGGACUUUGGCAUCACGGUGAUGGAUCUCCGGGACCUGAUGGAGCUGAGGAGCGGAGAGGCCGUCACCAAGAUAGCCGACUCCUACGGAGACGUGCAAGGGCUCUGCCGCAGGCUCAAGACAUCACCCAUCGAGGGUCUGUCUGGUAACCCAGUGGAUCUGGAGAAGCGCCACGCAGCGUUUGGGAAGAACUUCAUCCCUCCUAAAAAGCCUAAGUCUUUCCUGGCGCUGGUGUGGGAAGCUCUACAGGAUGUUACUCUAAUCAUCCUGGAGAUUGCUGCCGUCAUCUCCCUGGGCCUGUCCUUCUACCACCCUCCCGGGGGAGAUAGCGAACUGUGUGGUGAGACAGCAUCUGGAGUGGAGGAUGAGGGCGAGGCGCAGGCGGGUUGGAUCGAGGGCGCCGCCAUCUUGUUCUCUGUUGCAAUCGUUGUCUUGGUGACAGCGUUUAACGACUGGAGCAAGGAGAAGCAGUUCCGCGGGCUGCAGAGCCGCAUCGAACAGGAGCAGAAGUUCACUGUCAUCCGCAAAGGCCAGGUCAUCCAGAUCCCUGUGUCCGAACUAGUGACAGGAGACAUCGCCCAGAUCAAAUACGGUGAUCUGCUGCCAGCUGAUGGUAUCCUGAUCCAGGGCAACGACCUGAAGAUUGACGAAAGCUCUCUGACUGGUGAAUCAGACCAAGUCAGGAAGUCCCUCGAGAAAGACCCCAUGCUGCUGUCUGGCACCCAUGUGAUGGAGGGAUCAGGUAGAAUGGUGGUGUCUGCAGUGGGUCUCAACUCUCAGACUGGAAUCAUCUUCACUCUGCUGGGGGCGGGAGACAGCGACGAGGAAAAGAAGAUCAAGAAAGGUAAAAAACAAGGACCCCCCGAAAAUCGCAACAAAGCUAAGACCCAGGACGGCAUUGCCCUGGAGAUCCAGCCCCUGAAGAGUGAGGUUGAGUCCGAGGAGAAGGAGCCGGAGGUGGAGGUCAAACAGGUGAAGAGGGUUCAGAUCACCAAGAAGGAGAAGUCUGUGCUGCAGGGCAAACUCACCAAACUGGCUGUGCUAAUCGGGAAGGCAGGUCUGAUCAUGUCAGCAGUGACGGUGGUCAUUCUCAUUCUGUACUUCGUGAUUGAUACGUUCGGGGUACAGGGUCGCCCAUGGCUGAAGGAGUGUACCCCCAUCUACAUCCAGUACUUUGUCAAGUUCUUCAUCAUCGGAGUCACUGUGCUGGUGGUGGCUGUGCCUGAGGGGCUGCCUCUAGCCGUCACCAUCUCUCUGGCCUACUCUGUCAAGAAAAUGAUGAAAGACAAUAACCUGGUGCGUCACCUGGAUGCGUGUGAGACAAUGGGGAAUGCUACGACCAUCUGCUCCGACAAGACAGGCACCCUCACCAUGAACCGUAUGACCGUGGUGCAGGCCUACUUGGGAGACACACACUACAAGAAAGUACCGGAACCCGACGUCAUCAAACCAUCCACACUGGAAGUCCUGGUCAACAGCAUCGCCAUCAACUCAGCCUAUACUACUAAGAUCCUGUCUCCAGCGAAGGAGGGAGGUCUGCCCCGCCACGUUGGCAACAAGACAGAAUGCUCCCUAUUGGGCUUCGUGCUGGAACUGAAGAGGGACUACCAGCCAAUCAGGGACGAGAUUCCUGAGGAGAAGCUGUAUAAGGUGUACACCUUCAACUCCUCCCGUAAGAGCAUGAGCACGGUGCUGAAGAACACAGACGGUAGCGGCUUCCGCAUGUACAGCAAGGGAGCCUCCGAGAUCGUCCUACGCAAAUGUUCCCGUAUCCUGGACACGAACGGGGAGCCACGUAUCUUCAAGCCUAAGGACCGUGAUGAGAUGGUGAAGGUGGUGAUUGAGCCCAUGGCCUGUGACGGUCUAAGGACCAUCUGUGUGGCCUACAGGGACUUCCCUGCCGAGGCAGGAGAACCAAACUGGGACAACGAGGCCGAUAUCCUCAACGAGCUCACCUGCAUCUGUGUGGUCGGCAUUGAAGACCCUGUCAGACCUGAGGUACCUGAUGCUAUCCUCAAGUGCCAGAGGGCUGGCAUCACCGUCCGCAUGGUUACCGGGGACAACAUCAACACCGCCCGUGCCAUAGCAACCAAGUGUGGCAUCCUGUUGCCAGGCGAGGACUUCUUGUGUCUGGAGGGCAAAGAGUUCAACCAGCUGAUCCGUAAUGACCAGGGAGAGGUGGAGCAAGAGCGUCUGGACAAGGUGUGGCCCAAGCUGCGUGUGCUGGCUCGUUCCUCUCCUACUGACAAACACACUCUGGUCAAAGGUAUCAUGGACAGCACCGUCCUCGAGACACGACAGGUGGUGGCUGUGACAGGAGACGGAACUAACGAUGGCCCGGCCCUGAAGAAGGCUGAUGUUGGAUUUGCUAUGGGUAUCGCCGGUACGGACGUGGCUAAGGAAGCGUCAGAUAUCAUUCUGACUGACGAUAACUUCACUAGCAUCGUCAAGGCUGUCAUGUGGGGCCGCAAUGUCUAUGACAGCAUCUCCAAGUUCCUCCAGUUCCAGCUCACUGUCAACGUGGUGGCCGUCAUCGUGGCCUUCACUGGCGCCUGCAUCACACAGGACUCUCCUCUGAAAGCGGUGCAGAUGUUGUGGGUUAACCUGAUCAUGGACACCCUGGCUUCCCUGGCCCUAGCCACCGAGCCCCCCACUGAGUCCCUGUUGCUGAGGAAGCCGUACGGCCGCAACAAGCCCCUCAUCUCUCGCACCAUGAUGAAGAACAUCCUGGGUCAUGCCGUCUACCAGCUCACAAUCAUCUUCACCCUCCUGUUCGCUGGAGAGAACAUCUUUAAUAUCGACAGUGGGCGCAACGCGCCCCUCCACUCGCCGCCCUCAGAGCACUACACCAUCGUGUUCAACGUGUUUGUCAUGAUGCAGCUGUUCAACGAGAUCAAUGCCAGGAAGAUCCACGGAGAGAGGAACGUUUUUGAGGCCAUUUACCGUAACCCCAUAUUCUGUAGUGUGGUCCUGGGAACCUUCGUCCUGCAGAUUGUCAUUGUCCAGGUUGGAGGGAAGCCCUUCUCCUGCACCGCUCUGACCAUCGACCAGUGGCUCUGGUGUGUGUUCAUCGGAGUGGGAGAGCUGCUUUGGGGACAGCUGAUCUCAGCCAUCCCCACCCACCACCUGAAGUUCCUAAAGGAGGCUGGCCACGGAACCCAUAAGGAGGAUGUCCCCGAAAACGAGAUGAACGAGGGGGACGAUGAGAUCGACCACGCUGAGAUGGAGCUCCGUAGGGGUCAGGUCCUCUGGUUCAGGGGCCUCAACCGCAUCCAGACUCAGAUUAAGGUGGUAAAUGCGUUCCGUAGCUCUCUUUACCCGGGGCUAGAGAACCGAGAAUCAAAAAAUUCCAUCCAUAACUUCAUGGCCCACCCUGAGUUUGUUCCCCUGUCUGAGGAAGAGGCGCGGAUCCCUGACAUCGAUGAGAGCAGCAGUGAUGAGGUGGCGCUCCAGCACAUGCCCAGAUCCUUCUCUGGGGGGGCAGAAGCUCCAGACGUCAGCCACGAGGCCUCCUGCUGAUCACCUCCUCUCUUCUCCUCUCUUCCGUUGUGCUCUGUCCAUCUCCCCCUGUCGGCCGGCUGGUUACCCUCCUGCACUUCCUCUCUUCCACCACCAAGAGGACAAGCGGUGCGCCCCUCAUCCCACAGAGGGUACACCCAGAGCAGGCAAGGGGUUCCAGCGUCUCCCCCUCUUCACCUACUCCUCUUCCUCCACCUCCUCUUCCCUCCACUUCCUGAACCCUACACCUACCUCUCACCUGCCCCACCCACCCACUUUGCCAUUCCCAUGGGCUGGCACUGAAUGUGGUGUGUAUGCCCUUUAAGUAUGUACAGCAGAGUGACAUGUAAACCAUCAAAUCACAUCGCGCCCCAAACUCAUGGGUGGGAGGGGCCAUGUGGGGUCCACCAAUCUGCUCUGUCAAAGGCUGUAGCCUGUCCUACUGUCCAUCUUUGGAGUUUUAAUAUCUUUUUUUUGUCCUGUAACAUUUCAUAGUUUUAUUUUAACCUCAGAUAGCCCAGAACUGAAACACAACAUGUUUAUCCUUUUGUACGUGCUUAUUACACCCUGCAUACACUAACUGACACAGCACUUUUAGAGUAUAUAUAUGUGUACAUACAGUAUAUAUGCUUUAUAGGCUCUUCAACACAGCUCCAAGCUGAUUUGAUGAUCAGAUGAACAUGGGCCAUGUGAUUUAACAGUUUUCAGCUACUAAGUUUUGCCACUCCAUUUCUCAACCUGUGUUUUAACUGUACUGUGUGUAUGCAUUGGAUCUGUUUUGAAGCAUGAUGUACUAAUGGGUUAUGCAGUUCAACCCAGGAACCCAUGUCUUCAUUCAUUCUGAUAAACUACAUAUUUUCAAUGAUGAAGGUUCAACCGUCUAAACAUCUCUCACUUAGGUUUGGUUCUUCUGGGUCCAUUUGACAUGAUUUUAUUAUGAUUUCUCCUGUUUUUAUGAAAGGAAAGUACAAAGGAUGCUAGUUCACUUUUCUGUUAAUAUAGACUAUCUUAAAACAACACAUUGAAAGAAAAGCUAGCAGCAGGCUAGAGCCAGAGGGAACCCCCUCUCUGUGGAGUGGAAUCAUAGCAAGACCAUGUGGGAAAAAGGGAGGGGCAUCUCCCUCAUCUGAUGAUCUCAUCCAAUCAGGGUUCUGGUUUUCCCUAGCCCGUUGAGAGGAAGUUGACAGCUUACGAUACUGCCUCAAUAUGGAGGAAGAAUAAGAACGUCCGUGUCUCCCUCUCUCGUAUGCAUAACGUAUUUGAUUCAUGUUUCAUGUUAAAUAUAAUGGGAAUUUCGAGAUGGUUUUAGGAGUCAUUAUUUGCCGGGGUUAGGACCUACCUUUUCCUGUGUUUAGACAGAAAUGGGAAGUUGUUCUUUCUUUAGUCUGUCAUUCCUUUUUUCCACACAUAAAAAAACAAAACAUGAAUACAUUCUGAUCUGUACCUUACCAAGGCAAAUGUACAACUCUUUUUUUCACUGUUGACGAAAGGGCGUUGGGCUUGUUCCUGUUAGCUACAGCUUGACUGUGUGUGUCGUUAUCGAGUGUCACUGUGUUUGCUUCAGAGUGACAAAGAACUAUCGAUCUCUCCCACAAUGCCUCUGGGAGGUGCAACCAUUAGAGGCUGGCCUGCUAGCAUAGGGACACAACACAUCUCCACAUGUCCUCUAGGGUCAACCCACCUACCAACCAACCCACCAACCACAGAUAAUGGCCUAACAAGAAGAGGAAUACUCUAACCAGAAAAAAACGAUACAACCAGAGAUGUUGAUACAUGAGAGCUCCUGUAUUCAGUGGUGCAUGUCGUUGUUUUAAAUGAUGGUACAGAGAGUUUAAACUUGGCUCCCACUCCGACCACCAACUCUGUGACAGAGAGUGUGACGCCCUCAACAGGAUAUGUGCUAUCGAUGUACUACUGCCAUAUUUUCAACCUUAUUUUCAUAUCUAGGUUACUUACUUCGAUAGAACCCUCUGAUGAUACACCUUUUCUACUUACUCAGAGCCAUAUUUUAUAGGAUUCAUUUCUAUUCCACUCUGACCCCAAAAUUGAUGGAUGCAAAACAACGUGUCACUGCCGAUAUAUGUGUCAUGGACUACAACGAUGUUUACAGAACAUAGUCUGCCUGCUGCCGUAAGCCUGCUGCCGUAAGCCUGCUGCCGUAAGCCUGCUGCCGUAAGCCUGCUCGCGCUGCGCCUCCCUCUUCUGGCUGGUCUCCUUGCUUAGUACAUCAUUAUUGGGAAGCUUUCUUGCAUGAUUUUCAUAUAAACUAAAUGUUUUGUUCAUUUUUUACAAUUCUUCUGUAUUUUUAUAUUUAGUAUUUUUUAAUAUUUUGGAAUAUAUAUGUAUAGGCUGAAGUGUUUUGGUGGCAGUACAGUCCAUGAAUGAGAUGAAUCAACAGCAGAAUAUGUUUCUAUAUACAGUAUAUUUAUGCCACAUUUGUAAACCAUGAUUGGUUGUCCGAUGCUGGGGCUAAGGAAGCUAAAAUAAACUGUUUACUCACUGUA